AUGACGGUACGAGUUGGCGCUUAUCUUACUGAUGAGUUUGACGAUGUGACUGGACUCAGGCAGGGGGACGCUCUGUCACUAAUGCUGUUCAACCUGGCACUUGAACACGUCAUACGGAAAGUGAACACACUUAAUGGCGGAGUGUGGCUCAAUGGACAGCAUAGGGUGAUAGGAAAUGCCGAUGACCUCGCUCUACUUGGAGAAAGAAAGCAGCAGUGUUAUAGACGCACUCAACUGCCUCCAACAAGAAGCUUCUCGGAUUGGCCUUCGCGUGAGCCACGAGAAAACAGAGUAUCUUCACAUGCGUCGUACAAAAACAUAAGACGGAAGCGAGAAAACCUAGUUGUAGGAAAUACGAGGUUCAAAGGAGUAGCUAAAUUCCGGUACCUUGGCUGCACUGUAACAGACACCAAUGACAGGGAAGAUGAAAUCGAAAUUCGUAUACAAAAUACCCUACGAUGCAGUGCAGCCCUACACCCGGCUCUCUCUUCGAAGCUACUAAGCAGGUUCACCAAGAUUCGGAUAUACAAGACUGUAGUCAGACCGAUCCUAUUGUAUGGAUGCGAAGCAUGGUCGCUUACACAGAAAGAAGAGGCAAAACUUCUCGUGACGGAGCGAAAGGUAUUGAGAAAAAUACUAGGACCAGUUCGGAAAGAAGACGGUUCUUGGCACGUCCGGAAAAAUAAGGAUGUGGAGAGGCUUUUUGGUGAGCCAAAUAUUCUGGGUUAG